CCAAUUUAGUGCAAGGCUUGAGCUCCGCAGACCCGACCGUCAGGGCAAAAACGGUUGCUGCGACAGAGAAAAAGCUCCAUGUUCAAGAAACGAGCAAGGAGGAAGAAUGCAAGACCACAGCGGACAGAACAGUCAUCAACACCCGAGGCACGGCGAGCACAGAGGCAGCGAACGCAGAUGGCUUUCUGGCAAUUUUGGAAAAGGAUGCAAAAGAACGAGCUAAACAAAGGAAGAGAAAUGAACACUUAGCAAAUGCUCUGAAAGAGAAAGGAAACGAUGCCUUCAGGAAAGGAGACUAUGUCCUGGCCGUUCAGAGAUACACUGAAGGUCUGGAAAAACUGAAAGAUAAGCAGGAGCUUUACACAAACAGAGCACAGGCCUACCUGAAGCUGCAUGAGUAUGAAAAGGCUAUUGGUGACUGUGAAUGGGCCUUAAAGUGCAGUGAAAAAUGUAUUAAAGCCUAUUUUCUAAUGGGGAAAGCUCACCUGGCCCUUAAGCACUACAGUGAGUCCAGGCAGUGUUACGAGAAGAUCUUACAAAUUGAUCCCCAAAAGAAAAGCCUAUUUAAAGAUUGUAUGAACGAAGUAAACUUGGAGGAAAAAAGAAUGAGAGAUGAAGAGAGAGCAAUGAAGGAAGUUUAUUCUGGAAAGCUGGCUGCUGUGUCCGUAACAGAACUGCUGCAGAAACUGGAUAGGCCUGACCAGAAUAUCCUCUACUAUACAGGAGGGAUCAGACUUUUGACAGGAGCUGUGAAAGAUAGCACUGAGCAAACUUUAUUUAGAACAAACAAUGGAUUCAGUAUCCUCCAAGACAACCAGACCGUAAGACGGGGCUUCUGUGCAGAGAGAAAAAGCACUGCUGAAGCGGAGCUGUCUGUUGCUCUUCUUCUCCUUUGGCAAGCUGUCUGCGCUGGGAAUGAAGAAAAUCAGCGCCUUCUAUUGAGUCACCCUGAUGUGAACGCACAGCUGCCAAACCUGCUUUCUUCUGGGGUAUCCGAGAUCCAAAAGGAGACCUUGGCACUAAUUUCUCUUUACUUAGAGAAUGAGAAUGGGAGGAGACUGCUGGUCAGGCACCAGGACCUAACCAAAUGGCUGCAGAUUUUGAUGGCGUUUGUCAACUGCACUGAUGCCAGGGCUAGCAGUGCCAUGAACAUACUGUCUGAUUUAAUGGAGGAGGAAAGGUUCAAAACCCAGUGUCGUGUCAUGCUUUCCUCAGGUGUUUUACCUUUAUUCACCCAGUUGCUGACCUCUGCCAGGCUGGUGAACCAGGAAGCCCUUGCCCGUUGCAUUGGCAUCAUGGGGAACCUGUGUGCAGAUGGAGCCAUUCGAGCGCAGAUGGCCGAGUGCCAAGAGUGCUGGCAAGCAUGCUUAAAGCUUCUGGAUGAAUGCUUUGAUGUCAGCACCCCCAGGUACCGGGAGUGUUUGUUUGCAGUGCUGGGCCUAAUGAUGAACUUACUGCUUGAAUCAAACAUGAUCAUCCAGUACUCGGCUGUGGACAUAAGCAGCAGGUGCAUGUCUCUCCUGGAGGACAAGGACGGAAGAAUUGUGACGAGAGCCAUUGGCGUGCUGAGUCGCAUCCUGCCAGCAUCCUCCGCGGCAGUAGAAGAAGUGGUGAAAGGAGGGGUGGUGAGAAAAAUGAUCAAAUUCUUGAAAGCUGCAGGACAGAUCACAUCCCGUUAUGGCAUAAAGACCCUUUCCAUCUGCACCAGAAGUAAUGGACAAGCUCAAGAAGAUCUAGUGAAGGCAGAUAAAAGGUUCAGUGUGCUGCUGAAGCUCUUGGACUCAGAGGAUGAAAUGAUUGUGGGAAACGCUGCUUUCUGCCUUGGCCACUGCCUUGCGGUUCCGGGAGCAGCGGCGUCCUUACUGAACUCCAGUGUUGUGAUGACUUUGUUGAAACAUGCUGGUGGUGAUGCUACAAGACCUUCGGUGCAGAAGAACGCAGCCGUGGCUCUGGGGAAGCUUUGUGUCGCUGAACCAAGGCACAUUCUUCAACUGCGGAAACUCAACGGACUGGCCAUCCUGAACUCCUCUAUGAAACAUGUGCACAGCGUCUGA